AGAAAGAUUAGGGACGGAGGGAGUAGUAUUUAUCAUGGGUGGAUUACUAGUAAUAAUUUUGGAAUUGCAUUUCCGGCCCGAUCCAGACCAAUUUCGUUGGGCCUUAGCACACCUUUUAUAGCCAACCGAUUUGUAGUAGGCUCACGCUCAGCGUUUAGGGUUUUUUGCUGAAUCACGCUUAGGGUUUUCAUCUGCAAGAAUGGCUGAGCAGACUGAGAAGGCUUUCUUGAAGCAGCCAGGAGUUUUUCUCAGCUCAAAGAAAACAGGUAAGGGCAAGAGGCCCGGAAAGGGAGGCAACCGUUACUGGAAGAGCAUCGGUUUGGGCUUUAAAACUCCUCGCGAGGCUAUUGAAGAAACAGCAAGUCGGUAUUGUCGGUCUCAAUUGGAAAUAUCAUCAAAGACAUCAACAUAUGCCUCAAUUAGUACAUACAUUGACAAGAAAUGCCCUUUCACGGGAAAUGUUUCUAUUAGAGGUCGUAUCCUUUCCGGUACUUGCCAUAGUGCUAAGAUGAACAGAACAAUCAUUGUUCGCCGUGACUACCUCCAUUUUGUGAAGAAGUAUCAGAGGUAUGAAAAAAGGCACUCAAAUAUUGCUGCUCACGUGUCACCAUGCUUCCGUGUGAAAGAGGGUGACUACGUCACCAUUGGUCAAUGCAGACCAUUAUCCAAGACCGUUAGGUUCAAUGUUUUGAAGGUGAUUCCUGCUGGUUCUGCCAGUGGUGGAAAGAAGGCAUUCACUGGACUGUGAAGUGUAGUUUCCUGUUAACUUUUAAAAGUUUUCUAAGUAAUGAUAUUAGACUAUGUUGCUUGCUGUUGAGUUCUUAUUUGUUUGGUCUUUAUCCUACAUUUUGUACUCUAAAUUAUAGAAUGCAUUUAAAUUUUGGCACUUACUUUCAGCAAACUUUGGAAGAUCUAAUUUUCCUCAACUUGCUUUGUUUUUCUUGAUCAGUUUUUUUCUUCUGGAGUUUGUAUUGGCCUAGAAAAAUGCGCUUUUGGUUCAUUUAAUAUUACUGAAAUAAUUUCUGUUUCUUGUCCCUUCUGAUGGAAUAUUCGAAUAGUCAUCUGUGGCUUGAUCAUUAGGGAAUCGAAAUCAAGCGAGUUUUAUUUCAAA